AUGAAGGCGACGAUGCGUUGGUGGGGGCUACGCAAGGCGGCGGAGCCGUCCUGCCGGCGCCGCGGCGGGCGGCUCUGGGCUGUCUACGCAGUCGCGGUGCUGUUUUGCGCUUUUGUAGGGUUCGAGAUGUACAGGCCGGCUUUCCUGCUGGUUGGCAAUGUCACGGAGGACAUCGUAGGCUCCAAGCAGCGCGCAACGGGCGGCGCGGUGACGUACGCGGCGAGCUUGCUAGGCACACUCGGGGCGCGCGCGUGCGUGGUGACGUCGGGCGCGUCCCCGCACGACAUAGUCGCGCUGCGCGGCCACGACGUCGUGCACGUGCCUUCCCAGGACACGCUGACCUUCGAGCACAGCUACACCUGGUUCGGUCACCACCGCAAGCUGCGCGUGACGGCGCGCCCGCCGCACGCCAUCGCGAUCGACCACAUCCCGCUGCGGUGUCGUCUCGCGCGAACGGCCGUCCUCGCGCCCCUCGUCAGCGACGACGUGGACGUCGAGAACAUCGUGCAUGGCCUCACGACCGGCCUCUGGUGGGCGCCGUCGUUUCUGCGGCCGCGGCUCGCGAUCCUGGCCCAGGGCCUCCAGCGCACGCUCUCGGACGGGCGCUUCGGCGCAGUGGGCCACGCGGCCGGCCCGGCGCCCGCCCUCCGCGCCAGGAUGCCGGGGGGGAGUCUCUUGUUUCUGUCUGACGUGGAAACCGACACCUGGCCGGCCGGGGCGGUCGAGGAGCUGGCGGCGUCGACGGGCGCCACGCUCGUGAUCACCGAGGGCGCGAAGGGCGCGGUCGUGCUGUCGCGGGGCGCGGAGGGCCCCGCGCGGAGGGUUGCGCCUACGCAUGUGCGCAAGGUGCUGGACACGAACGGCGCGGGGGACUCCUUCGCGGCGGCGUACCUCGUGGCGCUGCAGUGGGGCGUCGAGGACGCGGGGGCCGCGGCGUCGUGGGCGGGCGCGGCGGCGGUCGCGCGCAGCCAGGGAUGCAAGCCGAGCAAGCACGACGCGAACGUCUCGGCCAAGCACACCAGUGUGUCUUGA